ACGCCCCCGCCCAACCCCAAACCUCUAAAAAAAAACCAAAAAAAUCCAAAAUUGAUUUCUCUGUAAAUCACGACGAGCCUCUCUCUUCUAUUCUCUCAUCAUUAUCAUUAUUAUUAUAACCAAAGAUCCUUUCUCAGAUCAAACCCUUCGUUUCUGGUCUCCUCCGUCGCCGGAGUAACCUGCAUUGCUCCGAUCCGAUAUCUGUUCGGGUUCCGGUUCGAGUUUCCGGAGCUGCUUGGAUCGGGGAGUUGAAGAUCUCGCGAGUGUGAGGAUCUGAGGGUUGUGAUGAUCUGAAGGAUUUUGGUGAGAUUGGAUUAGUGUUUUUGUAUAAAACAAGAUGGAUCCGUUAUCUGCAAUCAGCGAGGAGCUGGCGGAGAUCGACGGCCAAAUCGCCGACGUCUUCCGUGCGUUAUCAAAUGGGUUUCAGAAGGUGGAGAAGAUCAAGGACUCGAAUAGGCAGAGCCGGCAGCUGGAAGAUCUCACUGAUAAGAUGCGGGAUUGUAAGAGACUUAUCAAAGAGUUUGACAAGGAAGUAAAGAAUAUGGAGAGACGAAUUGAUCCAGACACAAGUAGAAUGCUGAGUGAGAAAAAGCAAUCAAUGAUCAAAGAGUUGAACUCAUAUGUGGCUUUGAAAAAACAAUAUGCAACAAAUCUUGAAAACAAGAAAGUGGAUCUCUUUGAUGCACCAGCUAACGAAUACGGGGAACAAAAUGUGUUGCUUGCCUCGGGUAUGACAAAUCAGCAACUUAUUGAUAAUGGACACCAAAUGAUGGAUGAGAUUGAUCAAGCCAUCGAUAGAGCACAAAAGGUUGUUCAUGAGACUAUCAAUGUUGGAACAGAGACAGCAGCAACUCUCAAGGCUCAAACUGAACAAAUGAGUAGGAUUGUUAACGAGCUGGACUCUAUCCAUUUCUCAAUCAAGAAGGCUACCAAGCUGGUGAAGGAAAUUGGUAGGCAGGUUGCAACUGAUAGGUGUAUUAUGGGAUUUCUUGUCCUUAUUGUCAUUGGAGUCAUAGCCAUCAUCAUUGUGAAGAUCGUUCAUCCGAACAACAAAGACAUUCGAGAUAUUCCUGGGCUUGCCCCUCCUGCGAUGAACCGAAAAUUACUGUGGAGUCCUUAUUGAAGAGAGUUCAAAGAGAGUUGAGAAUGAAUGAUAUGAUAAGAUUGCCAAGAUGAUUUGCAUUCAUGGUCAGAUGACUGUUAGCUUGUGAUGCUGUUCUUGGCCCUGUUUUAUGAAGCAGGUAGUGAAUGACUUCCCAGUCAGUUGCAAUAGAGACCGGCUCAAUUUCCAGAAAGCUAGUCUCACUACUGUUGUUGUGCCUUGUUCAUUGGCUUCCCCUGAGAUCUGUUGUAUGAUCAAAAUUUUUCUUCUUCCCCGACCAUAAAAGUUACUCCCUAUUAAAGCGAGGAAACCCUACAAUGUGUAUUCUAGGUUGUAUUGGUUUAUACCUUAUUACCUUGUAUAAACAGAGUGAUUUUGUAGUCCCUUUUACUAAAACCUCUUGAUGUACCAAAACGUAAUACAUUUCUGAAGUGAAAUGAAUUUGAAUCUUUGGUGUAGGGUUUGACCAAACAAA